AUGGAGAUGCUGUUUGCGUAUAAAAAGUGACCUCUGGCACUGCAAUCGAGAGUCUCAUGUUCUGUAUUACAUAUUGUUACAAUUCUAUCAAUCUAUCAUAAAUGCCAAAGUACGUUCUCACAGGUGCAGACGGCAAUCUCGGCCGCAUCGCAGCAACCUUUGCUACAGAAAUCGCCAAGCCCGGCGAUGAGCUCGUCUUCACUACAUACAAAGACGAAGCUAUCCCCGCUGACCUCCGCAAGUCAUGGACCGACAAAGGCGCAAAAGUCGUGACUGCCACCUACGACGACAUUGAAAGUCUCAAGGCGGCUUUUCAAGGUGCUGAAGCUGUGUCUCUCAUCUCAACUUGGCUCUUUGGCGAAGGACGACGUCGUCAGGCCCAGACUGUCGUUGACGCUGCCAAGGCAUGUGGUGUCAAGAGAGUCUGCUAUACUUCGUUCUGUGGAGCGGGUAUCGAGGCUGAGAAUGAGGAGGAUAUUCCUUUCCUCCCCAGAGAUCACCACUUUAUCGAGAAGAUCAUCUAUGCUUCUGGUCUAGAGUACAGCAUUCAGCGAAAUUACCUGUACGCGGAUAACAUCCCGACUCUCUUUGCACCGUCGUGGAAUUUCUGCGGUGAUCGCUGGCUCGUCAACACGCACGGCAAAGCAGGCGCAUACGUUGCCCGCGAAGACUGCGGCAACGUCCUCGCUGCUCUGCUCCUCGGCCGCGGCGAACCCAACAAAGUGUAUGAGAUUACAGGUCCCAAAGCCGUAACCAACGAGGAAGUUUUCAAGUGGAUGUGCGAGCAAACGGGGUACAAGGGAGAAAUCGUCGAUCUUCCCGAUGAGGAGUUGAAGAGUUGGUGGUUGGGUCAUGGGUUGCCUACGGACUUCUUUGGGGACUUUUCAAAGCUGCCGAUGAAGUUGUGUAUCGGCGAUCUUUUGUGCUGUGGAGAGAUGGUUGCGAGGGGGUUCAUGGCUGAGACGAAUGAUAAUGUUGAGAAGUUGACAGGGAGGAAGCCAAUUCCGUAUAUGGAGGCUUUAUUGCAGUACAAGGAUUUCUUCCCGAAGCCAUAGACAGUCUUUUAGAAUGCGUCUUGUUAGAUAUAGAGUAAUGUAAUUUGUCAAUUCAGUCAUCUGGUCUUUUGCUUAGAGUAAAUAGGCUGCAUCCUAUCUGAUAAAAGCAUAAAGUAACCUUGAGA